AUGUCUAAGGCAGUUGGUAUUGAUUUAGGUACGACUUAUUCGUGUGUUGCGCAUUUUUCUAAUGAUCGGGUUGAGAUUAUUGCAAAUGAUCAGGGUAAUAGGACUACGCCAUCUUAUGUUGCUUUUACUGAUACAGAGCGGUUGAUUGGUGAUGCGGCGAAGAACCAGGCUGCUAUCAAUCCUGCUAAUACUGUUUUUGAUGCUAAGCGGUUGAUUGGUCGUAAGUUUGAUGAUGCCGAGGUUACUAAUGAUGCGAAACAUUUUCCAUUUGAGGUUGUGAAUGUUGAGGGGAAACCUAAUAUCCGGGUGGAGUUCAAGGGGGACUCGAAGACGUUUACGCCGGAGGAGAUUUCUUCUAUGGUUUUGGGUAAGAUGAAGGAAACUGCGGAGUCUUAUUUGGGUACCACGGUGAAGGAUGCGGUUGUGACGGUUCCUGCUUACUUCAAUGAUUCGCAGAGACAGGCGACGAAGGAUGCGGGGGCCAUUGCUGGGUUGAAUGUGUUAAGAAUCAUCAAUGAGCCCACCGCGGCGGCUAUUGCGUAUGGUUUGGACAAGAAGGGCCAAUCGGAGCACAAUGUUUUGAUUUUUGAUUUGGGUGGUGGUACUUUCGAUGUGUCGUUGUUGUCGAUAGAUGACGGUAUCUUUGAAGUGAAGGCUACUGCUGGUGACACACAUUUGGGUGGAGAAGACUUUGAUAACAGAUUAGUCAACCAUUUGUCUCAGGAAUUCAAAAGGAAGAAUAAGAAGGACUUGAGCACCAAUCAGAGAUCGUUGAGGAGAUUGCGGACUGCUGCCGAGAGAGCCAAGAGGGCGUUGUCAUCUUCUUCGCAAACAUCUAUUGAAAUCGACUCUUUGUUUGAGGGUGUUGAUUUCUACACUUCUAUCACCAGAGCUAGAUUUGAAGAGUUAUGUUCUGACUUAUUUAGGUCGACGCUAGACCCGGUUGAGAAGGUUUUGAGGGAUUCUAAGUUGGACAAAUCGCAGAUCGACGAGAUUGUGUUGGUUGGUGGUUCCACUAGAAUUCCAAAGAUCCAGAAGCUAGUUUCAGACUUCUUUAACGGUAAGGAGCCAAACAGAUCCAUUAACCCAGAUGAGGCUGUAGCAUACGGUGCUGCCGUCCAGGCUGCUAUCUUGACCGGUGAUGAAUCAUCCAAGACACAGGAUUUGUUGUUAUUGGAUGUAGCUCCAUUGUCUCUAGGUAUCGAGACCGCAGGUGGUAUCAUGACUAAAUUGAUUCCAAGAAACUCUACUAUCCCCACAAAAAAGUCGGAAAUAUUCUCCACAUACGCUGACAACCAACCGGGUGUCUUGAUUCAAGUCUUUGAAGGUGAAAGAACCAGGACGAAGGACAACAACUUGUUGGGUAAGUUCGAGUUGACCGGCAUUCCACCUGCACCCAGAGGCGUACCCCAAAUCGAGGUCACAUUCGAUAUUGAUGCGAAUGGUAUCUUGAAUGUUUCUGCUAUCGAGAAGGGCACUGGUAAGUCUAACAAGAUUACUAUUACAAAUGACAAAGGUAGACUAUCUAAGGAGGACAUUGAAAGAAUGGUGGCGGAGGCUGAGAAAUUCAAGGCCGAAGAUGAAAAGGAGGCUGAAAGGGUUCAAACAAAGAACUCCUUGGAGGCCUAUGCUUUUAAUUUGAAAAAUACCAUUGAAGAGGCUAGUUUCAAGGAAAAGGUGGGUGAGGAAGAUCAUAAAAAAUUGCAGACUGCUGCCCAAGAUACCAUCAACUGGUUGGAUUCCUCCCAGGCUGCUUCCACGGAAGAAUACAAAGACAAACAAAAGGAAUUGGAAGAAGUUGCUAACCCAAUUAUGACCAAAUUCUACAGUGCUGGUGGUGCUCCUCCGGGAGGUGCUCCUGCUGGCGGUUUCCCAGGUGCUGCAGGUGCAGGUCCAACUCCAGGCGCUACUGGGGACUCCGGUCCAACUGUUGAGGAAGUUGAUUGA